CACUAAUGUGACCUCUCGUAUCCACUAGCCACGGCCUGCAAGCCUCAAGGACAAGGGAGUCCAAUUUGGAUGCUUUGAGACUCCGUUUCAUCGCCCUCCUUCUCUUUCUCCCUCUGGGUCCUGUCUCAUGACUGGUAACUCUUGCUGUGUUAGUGGGUGGAGAAUCCAGAGAAGAGAAUCCUGGGAUUCUAUUUCUACUGAGUGAGGGACGUCCACUAGAAUCAGAUACACCCUUCGAGAAAUGCGGACUAUUCCUUUGGGAAUUUUAGCAUCCCCAACUCCUGCAAAUAAUUUCGCCAAUUUCAGAAAACCAGCAUCUUUCCCGUCAAGGGUUUCUCUUUCUUCUGCUAAUGGAUUCUCUCUCCUUUCCCUCUGCCAAUCAGGACUUUGCAGAGCUAGUCAAGUUGUUGAUCUAUUCCCAACUAUGUCUCCGGAAAUCAUCGUUCGAGAGGCCAGAUUAGAAGACUGUUGGGAAGUGGCAGAGACUCACUGCAGCUCCUUCUUCCCUGAAUAUUCAUUCCCGCUGGACUUUGUGCUGAGGAUGGACAGACUGGUGGCAAUGUUAGCAGGAUUCUCUUUACCCAGCGGUUGCAAAAGAACCUGUUUGGUUGCUGUUAUAGGCAGGUCACUUAGUGAGACUUUCUUUAUUGGGGGUGAAGAUUUCAAGAUUGGUGGGUUAGAUGGGAGAGUCAGUCUCAACAAGGGAUAUGUGGCUGGUAUAUUAACAAUAGAUACUGUUGCAGACUUUCUCCCACGAAGAGGACCACUGAGACAGAGAAGGACUGGGAUUGCAUACAUAUCCAAUGUAGCUGUCCGGGAAAAAUUCAGACGCAAGGGGAUAGCUAAAAGAUUAGUAGAAAAAGCAGAAUCUCAGGCCAGAACUUGGGGGUGUCGGGCAAUUGCAUUGCAUUGUGAUUCGAACAAUAUUGUAGCCACAAGGCUAUACCAAGGCCAUGGCUUCAAAUGUAUCAAGGUGCCGAAAGGAGCAAACUGGCCCCAGCCAAAGACCUCACCAAAUAUUAAGUUCAACUUCAUGAUGAAGCUUCUCAGUAAUUCAACUGCCUCUUAGAUAUAGUUUUGCUUGCAGGUUAUAUUUAUGCUGUCAAACAGGUUUUGUUGGAAAGAAAUUUUAGGAAGGUUCUGUCUUUUACUAGAACUAAUGUUGUUGUGUAUAUAUUUUAGUUGCGCGCGACAUGCUUCAUGUGUCUGAUUGAUACUCACACUAUAUGACACUUCAAAUUGUACAAGAACGGUGUAUGUUUUUAUUAUUAUUACUUUUUUUAA